ACUUUUACAGCUGUUCUGUUUUCCCGGUUUUUCAAAUUUUCCGGAGCCAAUUUUUCGAAUUUUUCUUAAAAAUAAUUCAUUAAAAUCAUUUCGUAAAUAAUAUUCAAUAUUAAAUCUUUAGGGUAUUAGAACGCCUUUCAAAUUGUUGUGUCCGAUGAGUGCAGUAUAGAAGAAUAGUUAUUGUAAUAGUGAUAAGUGAGAUUAUUUUCAAAUGGAUCCCAAUGCUGGACCGUCUACAUCGCGUGGUGGUCGCUCGAAUCGGGGAGGUGGUGCUCGAGGAAAUGCUGGUCGGCCUACAUGGCGGGGCCGUGGAUUUUGGCGACCGUACGGCCGGGGUGGAUUGUCUGGUCCACCACGAGAGCGUCCCGUCGGUUAUGCCCUUCCACGAAUGGACGACGAUGCAGAUAUUGUUGACCGUGGGUCGCCUUCCGCACAGUCGCCAAGUGUUUCGCAAUCCCAGCAACUACUGUCGGUUAUGCUGGGAAAAGAACCGUGCGAGUAUCCAGGAUGGAAACUUUAUCUACCUCAGGAAGCAUAUUGCGAAGGCUCGUCAACGUUGCAAAAAAUUCGAGCAGCCGAACGGCAUUAUGCCAAGUUUCCGGAGCAGUAUAAUCUGGUGGAAAUCCGAUCGAACUUUUGGUUUGAGUUAGACAUAGCUGUGGGAGAAGCAGACUCCGCAUUAAUGCAAGAGUGGAAAACAUUUCGACAAGAUUUAGUGGACAACCCGGAGCAAACGUUGGCCAUGGCUGGGCUAGCCAUGCAUCAAGUUGUCACCAAGUCACUUGUGGAUGAACUUUUGUCAGAAUCAACCGAUUCAUCGCAAUCCCAUGACAAGCUGAUGCUUCAUGCCAUCCGGCCCAGAGUAAUUGGCCACGGGCCAGAGGUUCAUCUGCGGCAUAUGAAAAUAAAUAGUUUCGGAAAGCUAUUUGCCGUACGUGGAACUAUAAUUCGAGCCGGAAAUUCGCAGGUGAUCAAUACUUGGAUGGCGUUCCGUUGCUCAUUGUGCCACGCUCAGCAAGCCAUACGGCAGACAGAUGGAAUGUUGACUCUUCCUACGUCCUGUCGAGAAGGAUGUAAGGCAAGGAGCAAUUUUAUCCCCCAGCGAUCAUCGGUUUUCACGCGAACCGAAGCCUUUCAAAUCGUGCGACUGCAGGAAUCCAUGCUCGGUGCUCGCUCGGGACAUGGUCAGGUUCCCCGAAGCAUCGAGGUGGAGCUCACUCAUGAGUUAGUGGAUGCCGUUUGUCCGGGGGAUGACGUGACCAUCACUGGAAUUUUGAAAGGUCGUCCCCAGGAGGAAAAUAGUUCGAAGGCUCGGAAUACUGCCAGUAUGUACAAAAUGUAUAUGCAAGCAGUUACCGUUCGCAGCAACAAAAACUCCCUAACUAGUUGGCAUCGCGUCGCAGAAUUCUCUGACCUUGAUAUGGAGGCUAUUCGGGCGAUUCGAUCGGAGCCAUGUCCGUUCCGUUUGCUAGUUCAGUCUUUGUGUCCCAUGAUCUACGGCCAUGAAAUGAUAAAAGCUGGGCUAUUGCUUGGCUUAUUUGGGGGAGCGUCCAUAACCAAAGGUCGCCGGUCAGAGAUCCAUGUCCUCAUUGUUGGCGAUCCUGGCAUUGGAAAAAGCCAAAUGCUGCAAUCAUGCGCAGAAGUGUCCCCAAGAGGCAUUUUCGUAUGCGGGAAUAGUACUUCUAACGCUGGACUGACGGUGGCUGUUCGAACAGAAAAGGGCUCAGGAGGAGCGUUGGAAGCGGGCGCACUAGUACUGGCAGAUCAGGGUGCUUGUUGUAUCGAUGAAUUCGAUAAAAUGUCCGGAAACCAUCAGAUAUUGUUGGAAGCCAUGGAGCAGCAAGUUGUAAGCGUGGCUAAAGCAGGAGUCAUUUGUUCACUACCCGCGCGUACUUGUAUCCUAGCUGCAGCCAAUCCAUCUGGAGGCCAUUACGACAAAUCGAAAACCGUAUCAGAAAAUCUCCGAAUGAAACCAGCUCUAUUGUCUCGAUUUGAUUUGGUUUUCAUCCAACUUGAUCGACCAAAUGCCCAUCUGGACAACUUGCUGGCAGCUCACGUUCAACGGCUACAUGGCAUGAGAGACGGACAACAACCACAGAGUGCAGGGUUCCAGGCCCUUCUAACCGGAAUGGGCACAACCACUAUUCACGGAUCACAAGCAGGAGCUCCUCUUCACGAACGGUUAAAAAUCAGAGCCAAUGAGAAAAUGGAUUUACUACCGGUGGAACUGAUUCAGAAAUACAUUGCAUAUGCACGUAAGAACGUUCAUCCCAAGUUGACGGAAGAUGCAGCACUAGAGAUUAGGCAUUUUUAUGCCGAAAUGCGUCGGGCCCAGCAGGGAAUGGAUUCUAUUCCGGUGACGACCCGGCAGCUUGAGGCUUUGGUGCGCCUUACGCAAGCUAGGGCCAGGAUGGAUCUCGAAACGGAAGCAACUCUCCAGCACGCUCAAGACGUGAUCGCCAUCCUGCGGUACAGUAUGAUAGAUGUGUUCAGCAACGAUGUGGGGGAUCUACAGCCGAAUCGCCUGAUGAACGGUGCCGGUAUCAGUCAGACCAGUUUGGUGAAGCGCUUCGUGCGCUUGCUCCAGUCUAAGGUGGCGACGCAGAAUAAGACCAUUUUCUCGCUGGCUGAGCUAAAACAGAUGGCUGGUGUUGGAACGGAUUUCAAUCGACUGCUGGACGCGUUGAACAUUCAGGGAUUCCUGCUUAAGAAGGGACGGGAUUUGUAUAAAUUCAUGUCGGAUUAGGGGUAAGUAUUGUUAUCGUUAAUGACACGGUGGCUAAUUUGAUCCGAAUAGUUAUUCAACAUGUUUGUUUUGAAACCCAGUAAUGAUAUCAUUUGAUCAAUAAUUCUAUGGCUUUCCGUAAACUAGAAAAAGAAAAAUUAUAAUUGGACUUAUAAAUGUAGCUGGUACUACAAUGCAAC